AUGGCUGAAGAUAAUCAAGAUACCCGAGAUCCUCAGGAUACUCAAGAUACUCAAGAUACCCAAGCUCCGCACCGCGCAUCGACCCCGGUCGAGCCUGAUUCUGACAUUGAUGGGGGCUCAUUAUACUCUGAAUCACUUGACAAUGCCAGUUACACCACAAGUGUGACAUCAAGUGUGUUGGACUAUCAAUAUGAAAACGGUCGCAGAUAUCAUUCAUACCAUGAAGGAGAAUACUUGCUGCCAAAUGAUGAACGGGAACAAGAUCGCCUUGAUCUGAGCCACCACGUUUACCUAAUGAUUCUCAAAGGAGAAUUGUGCCAAGCUCCAGUCAAAGACCCAAAGCGAGUACUGGAUCUCGGGACAGGAACAGGAUUAUGGGCCAUCGAAUAUGCAGAUACGAACCCAAAUGCACAGGUGAUUGGAAUUGAUCUAAGCGCUAUUCAACCAUCAUGGGUGCCCCCAAACUGCCGCUUCGAGAUCGACGACUUCGAACAACCAUGGUCAUACAGCAAGCCAUUUGACUAUAUCCAUGGGCGCGAAUUAGAAGGUUCCAUCCGUGACCAUGAUAUCCUCUUCAAACAGGCAUACGACAACCUGAAUCCCAAUGGAUGGUUCGAAAUGGCGAGCUUCGACGUCAACACUUAUUCGGACGACGGAACUCACCUCGGCGCAACGAACUUUCUCUUAUCCAUCAAGCACAUUCACGAAUCAUCCCGUAUGUUUGGUAAGGACAUGACAUCGUCCCCAUCCUGGAAAUCUCGGAUGGAGAAGGCCGGGUUCGUGAAUGUCAAAGAAGAUGUUUACAAGUUGCCCCAAAGCCCAUGGCCCAAAGACCCCAAGCUCAAGGAGCUUGGCCGGUACCAUCAAGUCAACAUGCUUGAAGCCAUGCCUAUUUACACAUACGCGUUGUUUUCAAGAGUACUUGGGUGGACACGCGCCGAGAUUGAGGGGUUGUUGGCGGGAAUUCGAAUGGAGCUGCGGGAUACCUCGCAUCACCUGUACACUAAAUUGCGAGUAGUUUACGGUCAGAGACCUUGA